AUGGCAGAAGUAACAAGCGGAAUUCCAGUGCGAAAAGUCUCCAUAAAAGUCCCUGAUUCCUCGGAUUGGACUGAGAAUAGCACCUGCCAUACAUCCCUCUUGAGUGACAGCGACAGUUGCUCUACCUUUGCCAUUCCCAUUUCACAGGAAAGCUCCACAAUGACCGCGCUCCAUACCCGAAUCGCGGGGUUGGAGGCGCAAUUGGCUCUGCAACGAACCGAGAAUGACAUUAAAGAUAGUGAGAUUCGGUCCCUUCGAACUCAGCUUGCCGCGUUUGGACUUGCGAACGACGAUCCUGCUCUUGUAGAAGAUGAUUGCCACUCUAGUAACACUACCGGUAGUAGCAGCCCUAAUGGACCCGACAAAGAAGAGGAUGAAAUCCUCAGCAUUGUGGAUCAAGUACAAAAGUGGCUCUUUCUAGAAGGUGGGCACUUGAGAGAUGUCCCCUCGUUGCUGACCCAGUACUGUCUCUUUCUACGCCAUGAAAUGGGUAUACCUCUGGAUCGACUCUUUGUGGCAGGAAUGAUGAUGCCCCCGGAAGUCUCUGCCUAUGUCUGGAAAUGGGAAGCCGGUAGUCCAAACACAGUCGAUCAGCACGAGGUACCUCAUGAAGCCUUUGAAAAGCCAAGCUAUAACCCCAACGAACCAUUUGCUGUCCUCAUGGAAGGACGCGCCAUGGAAUACCGCAUGUCCUCGACUAGCACUCCACCAGAUGAGGUUCCACCGGGGUGUGCUUGGUUUACCCAGGAAAACUACCAGGACUACUAUGCACUUCCUAUGUACCAUCGGGGAGAGUUCAAGGGAGCCUUGGCAUGGAGUUCCAAACAACCAGCCGGUUUUACCGAACACCACAUUGAAUCCUUUCAGCAAUCCCUGGCGGCACUGUCGACCGUCCUUCGCUGCCACACCAACGAGAUUGUCAUGUCCACACUCAUGGGACGACUGCAGGAUCAAGUCGACAAACGCACCCAAGAGUUGGCCAUGGCCAAUCAACAACUCGCCGAGGCCAAUGAGCAAAUCAAACAAAACUCACAACAGCAACUGCGACACUUUGCCAUGAUGUCACACGAACUAAGGACACCACUCAACUGCGUGGUGGGACUCUCCAAUCUGCUGUUGGAUGACCCCGAUCAUCCUCCGGAAACCAGAGAAGCCUUGGAAAUGAUUACUACGUCGGCUGAUCUUCUUUUGGCAGUCGUCGAUGAUGUCCUCGAUUUCAGUAAGCUGUCGACCGAAGACAAUGGCAUUGUCAAGACACAAAUACGACCCAUACAACUCAAGCAACACUUGAGGGCCGUAGUGGCCGCCGUCCGGACGCAGGCUCAAAAGGCUGGACUACAACUUCGGUGUAGACAUCAUCCCAACGUCCCAGAGGUCCUCGAGACAGAUGGCAGACGUCUGCAUCAGAUUUUGUUCAAUCUUCUGGGAAAUGCAGUCAAGUUUGGUGUCACGGGCGAGUAUUUGGAUUUGACUGUCAGUCUGGUCGUGCAACAAGAAGGCAACAGCAAGCGGGAGUUUGUUCAGUUCUCCAUUAUGGAUUAUGGCAAGGGGAUUGCCAAGGAAGAACAACAAAAGAUAUUUGAACCAUUCCAGCAAGCAGCGACCAACGAACCAGCGCAUGGGGGAACUGGUUUGGGAUUGGCGGUGGUUUCAAAACUCCUUAGAGUGCUGGGAGGGAACAUUACUCUGGAGAGUGAAUACGGUAAAUACACCAACUUUAUUGUCAAGCUGCCCGUCAAGCCCCCUAGUGAGGGCGGGGAGGUGACGGCAGCUACAUCCGCAAACCUUGGCAGUUCCUCCUCCUUGCAUGCUCGUGCAGGCAAACCACGAAGGAAGAGGAGCAUCAACAGAAGCAUGUCCGUCCCCGUCAUUUUGAAAGCCAAUUCGCAAGCGUCCGCCCUGGCCGUCGAAGAAGCAGCAGAUCUCAAGGUGCUCAUUGCAGAAGACAAUGUCAUCAAUCAAAAAGUCUUGGUUCGAUGCUUGCAACGAAUUGGCAUCAAGGAGAUUGAUGUGGUGGACAACGGUCAAAAGGCGGUUGAUACCUGGCAGAAAAAGGACUACUCCCUUCUCUUUAUGGACUUGCAAAUGCCCGUCAUGGACGGGAUUGAAGCGACGCGUAUCAUUUCCAAAAAGAAGGAAGAACUGGGUCAAGAAUACCCAAAGGUUGUGUUUCUGACAGCUCAUGCAUUGAAGGACUAUCAGGAACAAGCCGCUGGGGCCGGCGGGGACGGUUUCAUUAGCAAACCCUUCAAAGUUGAUGGUAUCAAGAGCAUCCUCAGCACGCUGGCAAUUUCAAGACAGGAAGAAAGAGAGAAGCCCACUCAAUAG